AUGGCUGAUUCAAAACCAUCAAAGAUAGAAGAACACCAAGUUCUCGAGCUUAGCGAUGCUGUUGAGAAAUCAAAAGAUUUCGACAUCCCUGAAGAUCUUGCCAAUGAAUUGACACAACAAGAUUAUGAGUUCUUACAGAUUGAACAAAUCCCCCAAAGAUGGUAUCAAUGCUUUGCCAAAUCAGAUUCCAAGGCUGAAAAAAAGCUCAUUAUUAAAUUGGAUCUUUUGAUACUGAUUUAUCUCUUCUUAUCAUCAUUUGUUAAAACUUUGGACUCUUCAGCGGUUAGUUAUGCUUAUGUUUCUGGUAUGAAGGAAGAUUUGAAAAUGUUUGGUAACCAAUUGACGUAUCAAAACUCAUGCUAUAUGGCUGGAUUUAUCGUUGGUCAAAUUCCCUUAACUAUGUUGGCUACUAAAUUCCCAAUUCAUUUGUAUUUACCAAUAAUGGAUUCAAUUUGGGCUGUUUUCACUUUUGUCAUUUUUAAGAUAACAAAUUAUCACCAAUUAUAUGCCCUAAGGUUUGUUAUUGGAUUGUUGGGCUCUUUUUUCUUCCCAACUGCUAAUUAUAUCUUGGGUUCUUGGUAUACUAAAAAUGAAUUGGCUAAAAGAUCUGCCUUAUUCUUUUGUGCUUCACAAGUUGGUGGUAUGUCUGCUGGUUAUAUACAAGCUUCUGCGUAUAAACAUCUGAAUGGACUACAUGGGUUAAAAGGUUGGCAAUGGCUUUAUGUGCUGGCUUUCAUUAUAACAAUUCCAAUUUCCUUGUAUGGGAUCUUUACAUUACCUGGAUUACCAGAGAAUUGUCAUUCAAAUUUAUUAACCAAAGAGGAAUUGAAACUAGCUAGAUUAAGAAUGAUUAGAGAAGGUAGAAGUUCAAAAGAUAGUUUCAAUGUACAAACCAUAACUAAUAUUUUGAAAGGUUGGAGAUUUUGGGUUCUUGUUAUAUUUGCCAUUUUUUUCAGUCAAGCUGACGGUAUUAGUUCAAAUAGUGGAUUACCAUUAUGGCUAAAAGCUAAGAAUUAUUCAGUUUAUCAAGUGAAUACAAUCACAACUGUCAUUCCAGCAAUUACAAUAUUCUUUUCAUUAUUGAAUGGGAUUAUUGUGGAUAGUUGGAAAGAUUCUCAUCCUUAUAUUAUUGCCUAUGUUGCUGUGUUAAAUCUUGUAUCAGGUAUUUUACUGACAGUUUGGGAUAUAAGUAAAGGUGGUAUAAUGUUUGCAUUUUUCUUAUCAGGUACUGCAAAUAGUAUAGCAGCAGUGCUAUAUUCUUGGGCAAAUAUUAUUUGUUCAGAAAAUUCCCAAGAAAGGGCUUUAACAUUAAGUACUAUGAAUACUUUGGGUAACACUUUUAGUGUCUGGGUCCCAUUGUUUGUUUGGAAAACUGUUGAUGCACCAAGGUAUUUGAAAGGUUAUGCUUACAAUAUCGGUCUUGAUUCAAUGAUGUUGGUCUUGUUGGUUCCUUUGACUUACCUUUAUAGAAGAAGUCAAAAGCAAAAAGAAUUAGAGUUAGAGUCGGAGUAA